CCGGAAGUGCUGAGUGUCAACACAACGGACACACGUGUGGAGGAAAAAAAUGUGUGUGCUGCUUUAACAGUUUAUUCAUCGUCGUUGGGAAUAUUAAUGGGAUUAAAACGAAAAUAAAUGUGGAGGUGUUGAAGAAUAUGAAUUAAAAUGAAGUUCAAUUACAGGUUUUCUAAUUUGCUCGGAGCAGUUUAUCGUCAGGGGAAUUUGAACUUCUCCAAAGAUGGUAACGCUGUAAUCAGUCCGGUUGGAAACAGAAUCUCAAUAUUCGACCUUAAAAACAACACAUCUGAGACACUACCUGUCUCUACCACAAAGAAUAUAACAUGUGUGGGUCUCUCUCCUAAUGGGAACUUGGCGAUUGUGGUGGAUGAAGACGGCGCAGCUUUGCUGGUCAGUCUCAUCACCCGAGCCAUCCUUCACCACUUUCACUUUCACAAGCCUGUCAACAGCAUCCGCUUCUCACCUGAUGGCAGGAAAUUUGUUGUUACAAAGGAGAAUGUAGCGCUAAUGUACCAUGCACCUGGGAAGCAGCGAGAGUUUAACGCUUUCGUUUUAGACAAGAGCUACUACGGCCCAUAUGAUGAGACCACCUGCAUCGACUGGACAGACGACUCCAAGUGUUUUGUAGUGGGAAGCAAAGACAUGUCAACCUGGGUAUUUGGUGCAGAACGGUGGGCCAAUCUGAUCUACUACUCCCUGGGUGGACACAAGGACAUCAUCGUGGGCUGUUUCUUUGAGAAGGAUAGUUUAGAUCUGUACACAGUGAGCCAAGAUGGGACGCUGUGUAUUUGGGAGAGCGACACAGAGCUGGAUGGGCUCGUUCUGAAGAAGAGCCGGGAGAAACCCAAGACCCCGACACAAGAAGAGGGAGAUGAUGAAGAAGACAGUGAACGGGAGGAGGGAGAGGGAGGAGAGGUGAUACGAGGAAAAGCAGAAGCCCCCAAAGACAAGAACAAGACCAAGAAUGUACGAUACAAGCAGAGGAGCAAACAUUUCUUCAACAAGGAGGGAAAUUUCAACAGCCUGACUGCGGCUGCCUACCAUAAGCCGACUCACGUCCUGGUCACCGGGUUUGCUUCUGGGAUUUUCCACCUGCAUGAACUCCCGGAGUUUAAUCUCAUUCACUCUCUGAGUAUUUCUGACCAGAGGAUUGCGUCAGUGGCUUUAAACAGCUCUGGAGACUGGAUUGCCUUCGGAUGCUCACGGAUGGGUCAGCUGCUGGUGUGGGAGUGGCAGAGCGAAUCGUACGUCUUCAAGCAGCAGGGUCACUUCAACAACAUGGCUUCAUUGGCUUACUCACCGGACGGACAGUACAUUGUCACGGGAGGGGAUGAUGGGAAAGUUAAAGUGUGGAACUCUAAUAGUGGCCUCUGCUUCGUCACCUUCACCGAGCACACCAGCAGCGUCACGAACGUCACUUUCACCUCCAGCGGCUUUGUCAUCGUCAGCGCUUCUCUAGACGGCACUGUCCGAGCCUUCGACCUGCACAGGUACCGAAACUUCCGGACGUUCACAUCGCCUCGGCCUGCACAGUUCUCCUCCCUCGCCGUAGACGUCAGUGGAGAGCUGGUGAGUGCAGGAGCACAGGAUUCCUUUGAGAUCUUCCUCUGGUCCAUGCAGACGGGCCGACUGCUGGAGGUUCUCGGGGGUCAUGAGGGUCCGGUCAGCUGUCUGUGCUUCAGCCCAGUUCAGUCCAUCCUGGCCAGCGUCUCGUGGGACCGUACUGUCCGGCUGUGGGACAUGCUGGACAGCUGGCAGGUCAAGGAGACGCUUCCCCUCACGUCCGAUGGGUUGUCGGUCACUUACCGUCCUGACGGUCAGGAGUUAGCUGUGGCCACUCUGAACGCUGAGAUCUCCUUCUGGAACCCCCGUGCAGCCACGCAAACCGGCUCCGUGGCGGGACGUCACGACCUGGAGACAGGCCGCAAAGAGACGGACAAAAUCACAGCCAAGCAGUCCGCCAAGGGCAAGUCGUUCACGACGCUGUGUUACUCUGCGGAUGGGGAAUCCAUCUUGGCGGGAGGGCAGUCUAAAUUUGUCUGCAUCUACAACAUUAAGGAGCAGAUGCUCAUGAAGAAAUUUGAGAUCUCUUGUAACCUGUCCUUUGAUGCCAUGGAAGAGUUCUUGGACAGGCGGAAGAUGACAGAGUUCGGUAGCUUGGCUCUGGUGGAUGAAGGAGCCGGAGAUGGAGACGAAGUCAACAUCAGCCUGCCUGGAGUCAAGAGAGGUGACAUGAGUUCUCGUCACUUCAAGCCAGAGAUCAGAGUGAGCUCGCUGCGGUUCUCUCCGACUGGUCGCAGCUGGGCGGCCACCACGACCGAAGGCCUGCUGGUCUACUCUCUUGAUGGAUCGCUGGUCUUCGACCCAUAUGAUCUGGACCUGGAUGUGACGCCAGCCAACAUCCACAAGCAGCUCCGCCGCCAGGACUGGGUGUCUGCCAUCGUCAUGGCAUUUAGACUCAAUGAAAACGCUCUGAAGCAGGAAGUGCUGGAAACAGUGCCAUACGAGCAGAUCCCGGUGGUUUGCAGCUCUCUGCCUGACAUCUAUGUGGAAAAGCUGUUGGGCUUCGUGGCUACGUGUUUGGAGAAGUCUGGCCACUUGCAGUUUUACAUGACCUGGGCCCAGACCCUGCUCAUGCAGCACGGACAAAAGCUAAAGAACAGGUCAGGCUCCAUCCUGCCUACUCUGCAGGCGCUGCAGAAGAGCAUCCAGAGACAUUUUGACAGUCUGUCCAAACUCUGUGACUUCAACAUGUAUAACAUUCGGUACGCUGUGGCCCUCUCAAAGCAAAGGGGGGUAAAGAGGCCAGCUGAGGAGCAGGAGGAGGAGGAUGAAGGGCUCUCUGAGGAGAUGAGUGAAGCCUCUUUGGAGGAUGCAGACAUGAUGCUGUCCUGAAGACUUCUCAUAAAAAAAUCUUACUGCGAAUGUUAAACUGUAAAAGCAGAUUUACUUUAAAUAUGAUUGUAUGCUGUCUUUUUUUAAAAUAAAUUAUGUAAAUGUG